GAAUCUGAGACAGUUAUAGGGAGAGAGCUUCAGCUGAAAGGACAUGCCCAUAAGCUGUGGUAGGAAGAGCAGCAAGAGAAAGAACAUGCCCCCCUGAGCCGCAAGCUUGGACAGGAGCCUGCCCCAUCGUUCACUUAAAGGAGCUGCCUCACAGAUGCUGGAGCUUAGACUGGCAAAAAGAUUCACCCAGGCAGGACAGACUGACGGAAGGAGGGGGAAGAGAGAGACAGUGGAGGAGGUGCAGUCCCUGCUUUUCCUCUGUCGCUCCGUGCUGUCAGGAGAAGCUGCUGCGUUUAGUGAUUCCUCCUCUGUGCCCCCCUGGCCACUGCUGCAGCUGAAUACAGGAUUCAUGGAACAGAGGUCCACUGAGGACACUUCCAGCAGGGUGACGGUACAGCCACUUCAGCAAGUAUCUGCAGAGAAGAAACUAUGUCGGACUUCACGGGGAAGGAGGAGUACCAGAAUUUAUUCAGCCCCAAGGCAUAUCUGGAGUCCUUUUUUCAGCUGGGUGCAGGGUCUAUGGGAGAUGAGUAUUUACAGUUUGUACUCAAAGGCCUAGUGGAGACAUUUAAUUCAGGAAAAGUGAAAGGUGAUACAAUGAUUGACAUUGGAACUGGACCCACCAUAUACCAGCUUCUAUCAGCAUGUGAAGGCUUUAAGAACAUCAUUGUCUCUGAUUUUACUGACAAAAACAGGGAGGAAUUUAAUGUGUGGCUUAAAAAUCAGCCUGGAGCAUUUGACUGGAGCCCUGUCGUGAAACAUGUGUGCCGGCUAGAAGGCGACAGGAUACCUUGGCAAGAAAAGGAAGAACGGCUAAGAAAAGCCAUAAAACUAGUCCUGAAGUGUGAUGUAUUUAAUACAAAUCCCAUAGAUCCAGUUACUAUUCCCCAAGUUGAUUGUCUCCUGAGUUGCCUGUGUCUGGAGGGAGCGUGUAAAGAUUUUGAAUCCUAUAUCACUGCUCUAAAAAACAUGACUACAUUAUUAAAACUGGGUGGUUACUUAGUGAUGACGGGUGAUCUGGGAAACAAUUACUACAUGGUAGGCGACGUGAAGUUCUCUGGCCUAAACCUUAAUGAAGCCUUUCUUACGGAAGCUAUAACUGGAGCUGGAUAUGUCAUCGAAAGCUUUCAGCAAUCUGAGAAGACAGAAGAUUCUGUAGAAGACAAAGCUGAUUUCACAGCUUAUUAUGUCAUUGUUGCUAGGAAAGAAAGAAAUGUCUAAGUAGUGUGUAGCUUAAAGUGUGUAUAAAAAAUCUAAUUAAUAGUGCAGAUUGAGAUGGGAAAUUGCAUGGCCUGACUGAUUACUAGGGGAACUACAUCUCUUGCACCAUAAUUCUUUCAAAUGACUCAAGUUGCCAUUUUAAGAUGUUAUAAAGGAUUAGGUGGAAAACCUGUCCAAAAAGUUGUGUUUUUUGAGGGCACAUAGACCUAUAACGAAAUUUUUUUAACAAAUGUUACUGCACAUGAGUGUAGUCCUAUGUUAACAAAAGUAAAAAUAAUAAAGAAUCUAUAAAAAGCAGCUGAUUGUAGCAUUUA